UGGGUUUUCAACUAUAAUUGUAUACGUCAUCAACCCCAGACAGAAAAUACAACGCCGACAAUGCUUUUCUACUCGUUUUUCAAAUCUUUGGUGGGUAAGGACGUGGUAGUGGAGCUCAAAAAUGACUUGAGCAUCUGCGGAACUCUUCACUCAGUUGAUCAGUAUUUGAACAUCAAACUCACAGACAUCAGCGUGACAGACCCGGAGAAAUACCCACACAUGCUGUCUGUGAAGAACUGUUUCAUCCGGGGCUCCGUGGUGCGCUAUGUGCAGCUGCCGGCGGACGAGGUGGACACUCAGCUGCUUCAGGACGCUGCCCGCAAGGAGGCCAUGCAGCAGAAGCAGUGAUGUCAUCACAACUGGCUUGACUGGGGAGAGGGGGGGGGGGGUUGGGGGGUCUUUUGACACAUCUAAUGUCUGUUAUUUAGAAUCAUGUUAUUGCCGUUGGUCCCUUUGUGAAGGUUUGGGUUAGUAGAGAUAUGAAUUCCUCUGGGAAAUUAUUUCUCAUCUCUCUAUUGGAACCUUUUUGGGUUCCAUCUAACUUUGAAUUUGUUCUUUGACUGAAGUCACUGUCUAGGUUACACACUCCAAAGUGAGGCGAUAGCCGUGGUUUUAAAUAACGUACGUUUAUGUUUAGAUGUGACCAACGACAUUAAUUGAAACAGUCUUUCUUUACAUUGUACAAAUUAAAUAUGUUGAUGUUUUGUGUUUUUUUUUAUAGAAUAACUUUAGUUCUACGCUAAGGUUUAUACACGCUCUUUGGAAUCUGCCAGUCAUGAAUUCUGUUUUUGUUCUUCAGUUUGAUGAUUUUCUGUUUCUAACCUCCAAGGAAAAACCUUUGUGAUUCAUUUUGUUAUUGUGUGAAAAUAAAACUUGGUUUGAAUCUUG